UUUAUGUUUAUUGUUCAAUCAUUGUACUGACAUUCAAUUAUACGGAUCAUCGGUAACAAUGAAAUUUAUAUUACUAAGUGUACUUAUUUCAACAAUCACAAUCUGUAAUGGACGAGUGUUACCGGAUUCAAUCACAGGAUGUAAACGUUCAGAUCCAAACUUAAAUCAAUGUUCAACAGUUUUAUUAAAUAAAUUACGUCCAGAAAUAGAAAAAGGAAUUCCAUCAAUCAAAUUACCACCUAUAGAUCCAUUUAAAUUAAACGUUGUAAAUAUUGACAAAGCAUUGGAAGGUAUUAAAAUUACUGGAAAAUUCACUGAUAUUGUUGCUGCGGGCGGAAGUAAAUUCAUUGUUGAAGAGGUUAACUUAAAUCCUAAAACAUUGGACGGAAAAGUUAAAAUAAAGAUUCCAGAAUUGAAAUUAAGUGGUGGAUACGAUCUUAAUGGAAAACUAUUACAAAUUCCAUUGAAUAUUAAAGGAAAAAUGACCGGAAAUUUUAAUGGAAUCGAUGCCGUUGUAGAUCUUAAAUCAAAUGAAAUUGAUGAUAAAGGAGUCAAACGUUUAAAAUUGACUCAAAUUACAAGUAAAAUUAAAGUUGGUGGUGGAAAAUUGAAUUUGGUUGAAUCAAAUGCAAAAAAUCAACAAGCAGCCGAUAUUGCAAUGAAUUUCUUCAAUGAAAAUUCUGCCGAAGUUUUACAAAGUGUAGCACCAAUUAUUGAUGAAACAGCAAGUCAAAUUAUCAAGUCAAUUUUGAGUGAAAUGUUGGAAGUAAUACCAUCAGAAGAAUUGUUUCCUAAUUAAUUAAAAAAAAAUUAAGA